UUGAGCGGGUUGUACAGCAGUUGACAUAGAUAAGGCUGUAUGAGAAAGUUUAUCGCUUACUCGUUACAGGUAGAACGUAGAUAGAUUAGUAUUGUUAUUUACGUGGAACAGAUCAUUGAACCUUGACCGUGUUGAAUUCACUGGCGCCUGUUUGUUUUUUCAUUUUCAAAAAAAACCUGCAGGCUUUCAUAGUCUCCCUCUUCUCUCCAAAUGACUGACCCUCAGCCAUCUGUACUUCUCAACACUGGGACUCGGAUGCCUCUGUUGGGACUGGGCACUUUCCGUUUGCAGGGUCAAGAGGACACUUAUAAUGCUGUGGAUGCAGCUUUGACAGCUGGUUACCGUGCCUUUGACACUGCGGCAGUGUACCAUAAUGAAGCACAAUUAGGUCAUGCCCUCUGUUGCCUGCUGCCCAAGCAUGGCCUCUCUCGAGAAGAUGUUUUUAUUACUAGUAAACUGGGUCCCAAAGAUCAGGGGUCCAAAGCCAGAGAUGGUUGCCUGAGGAGCCUGGAGCAAUUGGGAUUGGGCUACAUUGACCUUUAUCUUAUUCAUUGGCCAGGUACUCAGGGGCUGCCAGCGGGGUAUAAACGAAACCCUGAAAACCGUGCUCAGAGCUGGACAGUCUUGGAGGAGUUCUACUCAGAAGGAAAAUUUCGGGCCAUUGGGGUGUCUAAUUACACAGUAGAGCACAUGCAGGAGCUACUGAAGAGCUGUAAAGUGCCCCCAGCAGUUCUUCAGGUGGAGUUCCACCCAAAGCUGGUUCAAAAGGACCUGAGGGAACUUUGCAAGGAAAGAGGGGUGUGUUUUCAGGCAUACUCGUCUCUUGGAACAGGGCUUCUACCAUCAGACCAUGUGGUUCUGGAUUUAGCAAAAAAGUAUGGGAGGACAUCAGCCCAAGUGCUGCUGAGGUGGGCCGUACAACAGAACAUUCCAGUACUGCCAAAAUCGCGUCAGCCAGAACGUGUGGAGGAGAAUGGGCGUCUGUUUGACUUUGAGAUUAGCGAGGAGGAUGUGGAAAAGCUCUCCGCUCUUGAUUGCGGGGAGAAGUUCUGCUGGGAUCCAACACAAGUGUCUUAAAGACAACUCAUUGACAAAAACUCAAAUGAAUUUUUGACUUACCGAAAUUCCAAGGUUGUUCAGAUUUACAAAUUUACAUCCCACAGCAUCAUCUACAUGGCUCUUUAUUUUAUGGUUAGCUUGCUACUUUAUCUUUUGCUUGACCAUUUGAAAGGGAACUGCGAGAGAUGUUCUGAUGCAAACAGUAUAUUAAACCAGUUAACUCUGUAAUAGUGUCAGGAUUUUUUUUUAAAGCCGCAUGUCCAAGUUCAACCUCUGUUUACAAUUUGCACCUCACAUAAAACAAAGGAGUAGAGUGUGACUAAUGUAGAAGUAAACAACUGCAGUUUGAUAUAUUGCCAAAUUCUAUUACAUGAAGAACAGUACUUACAUUUUACGUUUCAGAAAGAAGAACAACCUUGCUGAAAGUGAUUUAUUCAUUCUUAGUAGGCUAUAUUGGUUAGUACAAACAAUAACAUCACAAUAAAAUGUUUUUAAUUAAUAGAAAAGUGACAAGGCAUUGAAAAUCUGUUAUGUUCAAGUAAUACCAGUAAUGUUUGAUUGUGUCCCCUGCUCUCUUGGGUAUUUAGACCCAUUCUUGUUUUGAAGUUUUUGUGUUUAUUAGUUGUAGAAACUUCCUGUAGAUUUUUAUGACUCAAGAGAUGGUAAUAAAGCAAAAGGAUUCUUCAAAGUAGCCAAAGUCCCUUUACAGUAAAAAAACAGAUUUUAUUUACAGCUGACGCUCUAAAAAUAUUGUUAAAAAUUCAG